CUGGUUCUGUUUUUAUCAAGUGGUUUGGUCUCUCUGUAGUGGCUGCUUCAGGGAAGAAGCUCACUUUGAUUUGUGUUUCCAAUGGUGAAAAUCCUCUUGGGUGGGUUGGCAGGAUGGGUUUGAGCUUUCCUGCAUUUUGUUUGGGGCAGUUCUUGGUUUACUGCGCCCUGAACUGAGGGGGCAACUAAAGUGAUUUUCAGUGGAUGUUGGGCCUUUCAGUGAAUUAGAGACUUUAUUGGUCCACAACUGUUCCAUUUGACUCUCUUUCCAUUAUCAGAUGUCUUCCAAAUUUCCAGGUUCUGAAAUGGCUUGUAUGAAGCUGGGAUCCAAAACUGACGCAUUUCAACGGCAAGGACAAGCCUGGUUCUGUACAACUGGACUGCCUAGUGAUGUUGUUGUUGAAGUUGGAGAGAUGUCCUUCCAUCUCCACAAGUUUCCUUUGCUUUCUAGGAGUGGGGUUCUGGAAGGGUUAAUUGCCAAAGCAUCAGAUGAAGGAGAAGAAGGCUGUGUUAUACAGCUCCCUGAGAUCCCUGGUGGGACCAAAACAUUUGAACUUGUUGCCAGGUUCUGUUAUGGGGUGAAACUUGAACUCACUGCUUCAAAUGCUGUUUAUCUUCGAUGCGCUGCUGAGCAUCUUGAGAUGACUGAAGAAUAUGGGGAGGGGAAUCUGAUCGCGCAGACUGAGCUUUUUCUUAACCAAGUCAUUCUUCGUAGCUGGAAAGACUCUGUAAAGGCGCUUCAAACUUGUGAAGAUGUCCUCCCCCAGGCUGAAGUCCUCAACAUUUGUAAGAGGUGUAUAGAGUCACUUGCUGCAAAGGCAUGUACGGACCCAAAUCUUUUUGGUUGGCCCAUGAUGGACAAUGGUGGGCUCAUGCAGAGCCCAGGGGGUAGUGUCCUGUGGAAUGGCAUAAGCACUGGAGCCAGGCCAAGAAAUGCAAGUUCAGAUUGGUGGUAUGAGGAUGUAUCGACUUUAAGUUUACCUCUGUAUAAGAGGCUGAUCUCAGUGAUGCAAUCUCGAGGCAUUAGACAGGAUACCAUUGCUGGGUCCCUUGUGUUCUAUGCAAAAACAUACCUGCCUGGGUUGAAUAGACGGCAGGGCGUCAGUGAGUCUAGCACACGUCUUCCACCUGCAGCUGUGGGAACUCCCCUAUCUGAAGAGGACCAGAAGCUUCUACUCGAAGAGAUUGAUCGAUUAUUGCCCAUGCAGAAGGGCCUAACCUCAACCAAGUUCCUUUUUGGGAUGCUUCGUACAUCCAUGAUCCUUCAUGCCAACUCAUCUUGCAUAUCAAACUUGGAGAAAAGGAUUGGAAUGCAACUGGACCAAGCUACCUUGGAAGACCUCCUGAUGCCCAACUUCUCUUAUUCCAUGGAAACUCUUUAUAAUGUUGACUGUGUACAGAGGAUCCUUGAACACUUCUUGGCCAUGGACCAGGCCACUGGCGGGGCCUCCCCAUGCUCGGAUGAUGAUAGACAGUUGAUGGGAUCACCUUCUCUCACUCCGAUCACAAUGGUUGCCAAACUGAUAGAUGGGUACCUUGCAGAGGUUGCUCCUGAUAUUAAUUUGAAGCUCCCCAAGUUUCAACCAUUGGCUGCAGCUGUUCCCGAAUAUGCCAGACCAUUAGAUGACGGGCUUUAUCGUGCAAUUGACAUAUAUCUGAAGGCACACCCAUGGCUCACGGAUUCUGAAAGAGAACAGCUCUGCAGGCUGAUGGAUUGCCAGAAGCUCUCCCUGGAAGCUUGCACCCAUGCAGCCCAGAAUGAGAGACUGCCUCUCAGAGUAAUUGUCCAAGUCCUCUUCUUUGAGCAGCUCCAGCUGAGGACUUCAAUUGCUGGAUGUUUUCUGGUCUCUGACAACCUUGAUGGUUCAAGGCAGUUACGGAGUGGGUUUGCAGGGUCAACUGAAGGGGGCUGGAAUACAGCCGUCAGGGAGAACCAAGUACUGAAGGUUGGAAUGGAUAGCAUGAGGAUGCGGGUUUCUGAGCUUGAGAAGGAGUGCACGAACAUGAGGCAGGAGAUUGAGAAGUUGGGCAGAGGGAAAACUUCAAGCAGGUGGGGCAAUGUCUCUAAGAAGUUUGGAUUCAAGCUGAAGUCACAGAUGUGCAGCGCCCAAGAAGGGUCUGUUAGUAACCAGAAUAAGGAAGUAAGUGGAAAUAUUGAGAAGGUGAAUGACAGACAUGGGAAGCAUAAGAAAAACUUGUCUGCAGAGGGGUAAUCCCUUUUUUUGUUCUCUUUUCCAUUUUUUCCCCAAGAUCUUUUGGUCUUCAUUGUUUGUAUUUCUGCUUCCCUUUCUUUAGCUCUAAAACUGGGAAUUUCCAUCUUCUACUUGUCCAUGGGCCAUUCUUGUUUUGAUGCUCUUCUAUUUUUCUUUAUUUCUUUUCUUGAUUA